AACGGUGUUUCAAACGAUUGACUUUUUAAAGAAAAAAAGAACGAGUACUCUACUUGCUUUUUUUUUCUUCUUUCUUGUUAUUAUACAUUGUUAUUGACAACAUGGCGAGUAUAAGAAGAAAGCCUUUAAAGGUAGUCACCGACAGUGAAGAUGAUCAGUCUGAUUCCAGACAAAGAAGAGAUUUGCACAUUACAAAAAGAGUGUCGACAAUAACAGAAGAAAAGGAGGAGAAGAAAAAGAAGGUGUAUCAAGGGUUUUCACAUACGUUGCCAAUUCAUACACUUACCAAAGCUUCUGUCCUGUCUAAAGAAGCACCACCUGAGAACUACAGUGGUUUCCUCCGACUAGGCAUGCUUGUUUUGGGUGCUAGUAAUAUCAGAUUGGUGAUUGAAAAUUGGAUGAAAUACGGCUUGUUGAUUGGAAUUCCCCAUAGUUAUAUACCCUUGAGAGAUUAUGGACUCUUCUUUUUAGCGUGGCUCUGUAUUCCUCUUAGUUUGGGUAUUUCGCUAGUGGUUGAGUAUGGUAUGGGUAAAUUGGCCAUUCAUGCUAAAGAUGCAAAGGCCGACUUUUUGAACAAAUUGACGAUUUUGGAAAGAGUGGUUGCGCUUACACAUGUUUCACAUCUGGUCUUUUUAUUGACAUUCCCCUCGUACAUUGCCUAUACACAAAUCUACCACCCAGUCGUGGGAUCGGGGCUGAUCGUGAUUUGUUUAGUAUCAUUUUUGAAAUUGACAUCAUUUGCUUUGGUGAAUAAUGAAUUGAGACAAGGAUUUGUGGAUGGAAAAGUGGAAGAGUUUUACACUGCAGAUGUUGCUUAUCCUAACAAUGUGAACGCCAAAAACUUAUUAUACUUCUUUUUUGCACCCACCCUGUGCUACCAACCUUCCUAUCCUCGCUCACCUGUGUUUCGAAAGACUUUCUUUAUGAAACGUGUAGGGGAAUUAAUUACCUGUCUCGUCAUGAUGUACGUUCUUACUGAACAAUACGCCAAACCCACCUUGGCCAACUCUAUCAAGGCAUUAGAAGAAAAGAAUUACGUGACCAUUAUCGAACGUGUCUUAAAAUUAUCUACUACAGCUGUUGUCAUUUGGUUACUCAUGUUUUAUGCUUUAUUUCAUGCUUUUUUGAAUGCUCUCAGUGAGGUACUUCGAUUUGGUGAUCGUACGUUUUAUUUGGCUUGGUGGAAUUCAGGUAAUUUGGCCACAUAUUGGAGACUCUGGAACAGACCUGUCUAUCUCUUCUUUAAGAGACAUGUGUAUAUCCCCGCUGUUCAACGUGGUGUACCACCUGCUGCCUGUCAAUUGCUCGUCUUCUUGAUCUCGGCCAUCUUGCAUGAGGUCUUGGUAGGUAUCCCCACUCAUUCUAUCACUGGUUUUGCCUUCUUUGGCAUGUUGGGUCAAAUCCCAUUAAUUGCUAUUACUCACCCCUUGGAGAAAUGGAGAGGUAAAGGCACCGCGCUUGGAAAUACCAUCUUUUGGAUCGUCUUUUGUGUUGUUGGUCAACCUACCAUUGCACUCCUGUAUUACUAUCAAUGGACUGCUAACCAUAAAAUCGUUACAGCUUCAUAGAUAUACUUUUUUUUUUCGUGUGAAUAAACAUGUCAAUCCCCUUUUUAGGAAAAUUUCGGAUGACAUAUUUUGAAAAUCCAA